AUGCCGGAUCUGACAGAAGUCUUGUCCUGCAUGAGCAUCCAGAGGUAUCAGGAGCUAUCUCCUUCUCAUGUCCAUCACCACACCCUUCCAUUCUUCGACGACGAUCCAGUUGGAGCAAUCACAGCCAUAAAUCAUGUCUACGCUGGGACGAUGGCUAGGACGUUAUCUCAGGUCCUCUGUCAUCCGAUUGACACAGUUAAGACCAGAAUGCAAGUAAAGGACCCCACGAAGAAGUUACGGAAAUGGAGACGGAAGGUAGUAAAGAAGGCUUUUGAAGUCGGGCCAAUCGACAUUGAUAAUUGGUUAAUCAAGGGCCCGUCGGAUCUUUUUCGUGGAGUGUGGGGUGCGAUUCUGGGAACCAUUCCCAAUGCGAUGCUUUACUUCAUUGCGUACGAAGCCACCAAGAAAAAGUUGGAAAAGAGACUUCCGCCGGGACCGGUGCACGUCGCUUCUGCCACAGUUGGGACAGUUGCAGCAUCAAUUGUCCGGGUUCCUGCUGACACGCUGAAGCACCGAGUACAAGCCUACUUGCACCGAGAUGUGUUUGAGGCCCUCAAGGUCGUCCUUCAGACUGAGGGAAUAGCUGGGCUAUACAGAGGCUUUUGGCCUACUCUUAUGCGAGAUGUUCCUGAAAUUGCCAUUCAGUUUGCCGUCUAUGAGAAUCUUCGAGCGUUUGUGAAGGAGAAGAGGAAGGUUGAAAAGCUGACAACCCCAGAGCAUCUGUUGCUUGGAGCAGUUGCAGGAGCAGCUGCUGCAACAUGCACAAUGCCUCUUGACCUUGUGAAGACCCGGCAACAGUGUGGCGUCUCACAGGGCAUUCACAAAAUUGUUAUGGCUGUAAUGGCUGAAAGUGGACCAUCUGGGCUGUUGGCAGGACUGGGCCCUCGUGUCUUCCAUGUGUCGAUGAUGUCUGCUGUGUUUUUCGGACUGUUCGAGUAUUGCAAACUGAUCGUGAAGCCUGAUAGGUCACCCUCAGACAAGCUGUAUCUUCCGAAGAUCUGGAACAAGAGAAGAGACCACAUUUGGAAACGUCAAUUUGUCUAUACAGAGUAG